UAUGUUACCUGUCGUCGGUCCACUUGGAAUCUCUUGAGAGAGCCAAGUCCUGUGUGUUCCUAGGCCCUGCCACAGGUAGGGACCUGGACGCCCUGCCUGUUGAGGCAAGGUUGUGGAUGUCCCGGGCCUUAUGGUCCCUGCUUCGCAUGAUGUGGGGCAGCAUCCAUCUGAACGCUCAUCACUACCAAGGCCAAGGUUUUGGAAGGAAGUCCUUCUUCUCCCAUCUUAGUAUUAGACCAUCGGAUUUGGGACACGGGACUAAGGCCGCUGACUCUGCAUCCCUUACAAGCAUACACAGCUGCCUGCCCUUUUGCCUUGUGUCCAUCCUGGAGCAGCCUUCUGCAAGGUACCUGGACGGCCUGCCUGUUGAGGCGAGGUUGUGGAUGUCCCUGGCCCCAGUGUUCCCUGCUUUGGAUGAUGUGGGGCAGCAUCCACUUGAAUGCACUUCACCAAGGAGACCAAGGUUUUGGAAGGAAGCCCUUCUCCACUCCCAUCUCAAUAUUAGACUAUCGGAGCAUGGGACAGGAAGCUCUGGCCCCCCACCCUGGAGUCCUGAUCAGUGUACACAGCUGCCUGUCCCUUUCCCUUGUGUCCAUCCGGGAGCAGUCUUCUGCCAGAGCCUUCAUCCAGUAACUGAUGGAAGCAGGUACAGAGAUCCACAACCAAGCAUCAGGCCGAGCUCCAGGAGCCAGUUGAAGAGAGGGAAUAAGAAUGAGGAAGAUGGGGUCAGGAUCAUGAUGGGGAAAUCUACAGAGACAACUGGACCAUGUUCGUGGAAACUCAUGAACUUUAGACCAACAGCUGUGGAGCCCUCAUGGGACUAUACUACCCUCUGCAUGCGGGAGAAACAUGGUCUCUUUGAGGGUCCCCUGGCAGUGGGAUCAGGAUCUAUCCCUGGUGCAUGACCUGGCUUUCUGGAUCCCAUUACCUGUGGUGGGACACCUUGCUCACCCUUGACGCAUGGUGGAGGAGCUUGGUCCUGACUCAACUGAAUGUACCAGGCUUUCCUGUUCCCCCAUGGAAGGAUGAACCCUUUUGGAGGAGGGGAUGGGGGGUUGGGGGGGAAGGAGGGA